AUGCUCCGUUCACUUUCCACGAUCUCCAAGUCGACUGUUCGAUGCAUGUCGCUAACUUCCAAGCUCGCUGCUGAGCAACCAUCCAAGCAAGAGGUCGACGAUUUGUUCGCCGAAAAGCCAUCUCAUCAGAACGAUCAACGACGACAUGCGUACAGCAUGAACAAGGUGGAACUCGUCGGAGGAGUUGCUCUGGAUCCAUUGUACAAGGAGGCGAAGAACGGAAAACCAUAUCUUCUCUUCAAUCUCAUCACCAACUCGCAAUUCAGACAACAAGACGGAACCACAUUUGAUCAAACCGAACGUCACGUCAUCACAGUAUUCGGAAAGAAUGCCGAGAAUCUUUCAAAAACUAUCAAAAAGGGAUCUCGUCUUAUGGUUCAAGGAAGACUUCAUUACAACGGCGGACAGAAGGAUGAACAAGGAAAUCGCACUCAACGCAACACUUACAUCAUUGCCAACACCGUUCAACCAUUGGCUCGAGCUGCCAGAGAGAAUCCAGAUCAACACUAA